CUUCAACUCUCCGCCUUUCUCCUUCUCGAACUACCUCGACUCAGCCCGCCGCUUCUUCUUCUUCUCUUCUUCUGCUAUAUCUUCCUAGAACACACACGCAGCCGUCUCGUCUUUGACUACCAGUCCUCUCUUGCGCUAUCUCCACAAUGGGUUUGAAGGACUUCCUGCCACACAAAUCAAAGAAUACCAGAACAAAAGUCAUCGUCGACCACAACAGUGUCUCUACCACUCCCGCCGUCCGCCCCUCUCCUUUCCUCACUUCAUCCCUCAAUUCUCCUUCCACCGCACCAAAACAGCAGCAGCAGCAGCAGCAACAGCAGCAGCAGCAGCAAAUCCCACAACAGUCGCCAUCUCCAAGCCUACUAGACCGCAGACCGUCUCCUCAGCAACGGACAAGCACAGCAACAUACCCCUCCGCCACUAAUUUCCCGCGCGAAGUCCCUCCUGGUCUUGCGGACGGAAUCUCAUGGAACCGUAGCGGCGGUAACGGCACUCAUCUCAUCGUCGGCAUCGACUUUGGCACCACAAACUCCGGAAUCGCCUUUGCAUAUGUCACCGGUCCUAAAGAAUCCGACGUCGUUGAAGAAACAAUCUCCGAAUGGCCCGGUCUCGCCAACAACUCCCGAUUCAAAAUCCCGUCCGUGGUCUACUACAACACUGCCGGCGACGUAGUCGGCUGGGGCACUGACACACAGAAUGCCGUCACUUUGUCCGGAGGAUUGAAGCCCGGUAUUAUAAAGGCUGAACUCUUCAAACUCCAUUUGCAAAACUCGGGCACUUACCUCGACGCCGGCCGCAAGCACGCGCUGCCUGCCAACAAAACCGCGAUCGAGGUCACGUCAGACUACCUCACGAAGCUCAGAGAAGCAAUGACGAAAGAGCUCAUCAAGAAAUUCGGCGAAGAUCUCUACCGCAAAGAGGAGAAAAAGAUACGCUACAUUCUCACCGUGCCAGCAAUCUGGAACGACUCUGGCAAGGCUGCCACGCGCCAGGCUGCUGUUCGGGCCGGAUUCAUUGAAGACCCAACCGACCGACGGCUCUCGCUCAUCACCGAGCCCGAGGCCGCCGCCGUGUUCUGCUCUAAAAAAGGUGUUAUGGACCUGAAGCUUAACGAUGCUUUUCUUGUUGUGGACUGCGGUGGUGGAACUGUCGAUUUGAUCUCGUACGAAGUCGAGAGCAUGGAUCCUUUCUCUGUCCGUGAAUGCACUCAGGGUACUGGCGGUACAUGUGGCUCCACCGAAAUCGACGCUGCCUUUUCCCUGCUCGUCGUCAAUAAACUCGCUAGACUGGGUCCAGCCGAAGAUCAGGCGGCGACAAAGAUGCGGAACCUCAAGAUCCGUCGCAAAUGCGUCAACAGCUUUGACGCGAUCAAGGCAAAGUUCUCGGAGAAGGAGCUCGAGUACGAGGUCGAAAUCGGCCAGGUCAUCAACGCGCCGACCCUCGGCUUUAUCGACGAGUACCUUGUCUUCCAGAUGGAUGAGAUCCGAUCGGUAUUUGAACCCACAAUCACCCGCAUUGUCCAGCUUGUGCGCCAGCAAAUCGAGUCUGUCGAAACUCUCAACAAGUCUCUCGAAGCCAUCCUCCUCGUCGGCGGCUUUGGAUCCUCGACCUACCUCUACGACCAACUCCGCAUCCAGCUUCCGAACCACUACGCUUCACGCCUGCGCCGCCCGGUCGAUGCGGUUGCCGCCAUUGUUCGUGGCGCAGUGUACACCGGCGUUUACGAAAGCACGCUCACCUCUCGCAUCGCUCGACGGCACUAUAUGAUGGCCACAAUGCAGGAGUUUGAUCCUGCAAUCCACCCAAUGCGAUACCGAACCCAAUCCGUCGACGGAACCUACAAGUGCAAAAACACCGUCGACGCUCUCGUGCGGAAAGGCGACCGAAUGAAAGUUGGCGAGCCCACCACGCUCGCAUUUUUCCGUGCAGUGCCCACUAACGCGCGCCUCUUCUUCUCUGACGCGAUCUACACAUGCGAGGACGACGAGCUGCCGCUUUUCAUUGACGAGCCCAACGUUCAAAAGAUCGCGACUCUCGAUAUCGAUCUCACGUCGUUUGAUCCUGAAACAAGCUUCGAGCGCAUCACCUCGAAUGGGAAGCCUUAUUACCGCGUCAACUUCCAUAUCCUGCUUUCUAUGGAAGGCGGUAACGAGCUGCGAGCCGAGUGGGUGUUUAGGAAUCAGGUCAUGAACAUUGUGACCGUUCGAUUUACAUGAUUGUACGACUAUUCUGUUCUCGAUGCAUAUUCUCAUCAUCUAGACUGGCGAUGUAUAAGUACAGUGAUUUUGAUGACAUUUAUCUAAUAUAGUCUCUACAUUUUGUUUGAUAUAAUCUGUUAUUAGUCAUACUCCUCAAGACUGGGUCCAAUGACCACCAAACCA